CUAGGCCUGGGGGAGGGGCCCCACUGAGUUUGUGCCCCCACACAUACACCCUGGCUCCCUCUCCAGGGAAUCCAGCCGCUGACAGAUACAAAGCCCCUAGAAAUGUUUUUCCCUCGAUUGACCUGCACCAGGGGGCCUCCCAUUUUUCUCUGGGUUCUGGUCCUGGCCUGGGCCACAGUGGGUCACGAAGAGGAAUACCUGACUCCCCAGCCACCUUUGGAGGGCCAGGAGGAAGGUUGGAAGGUGUCCCAUUUCUUCUGGAAGACAGUGGAGCCCCUGAUGACCAAGGCGAGCAAGACCUGGGACUGGAUUUGGACUCCAGGACCUGUCCAAGGCUACCUACAGACUUAUUAUGAAGACCAUCUCAGUGGCCUGGGUGUCAGGGCCCAGAAUUGGCUCUACAAGUCACAACAGAAGGCCCUAAGUCUCUGCCCCAGAAGAUUCUGUGGAAACAACUAGAGCCCUGGGCUGAGAAGCAAGAAACCCCAGCUCUCCUCCAUUACUAGCCUUGUCCCAAAUGCCUAUAAAUUGGAACAAAUGACUUUCCCUCUCUGAGCUUCUGUUCCCCCCACUAUCAAGGAGUUGUUGGAUUUCUGGAUGUUCUUUGUUCUGACAUUCCCUGUCCUAAGGCCUUCCCAGCUCUGACAUCCCCUGUUCUCAGGGCCCUCCCAGCUCUGACAUUCCCUGUUCUAAUAUUCCUCCCAGCUCUGACAUCCCCUGUUCUAACAAUUCUGACAUUUUCUGUUAGGGAGGAGGGGGGUCCUUUCUGGCCUAACCUUCUCUGUUCUGUGUCCUAAGAUGUUUUGUUGGGAGGAUUUCUGCAGCUAGGACAUUCAAUAACUAAUAAACAAUGUAAAACUAUGGGCCCAGCCUCUUGACAGCAUCCACAAUAAAGCCAGCUCUCUCUUG